UAUAAAAAAAAAUAGAAAAUAGAAAUCAAAUCAAGAAAUGUGCUGCGCUUUUUCAAGCAUAGUUUUCAAGUAUUAAAAAUUAAAACUUGUUGUUUAAGUCGUCUUAAUAAAUAAAGAUAUGAAACAAAAAUAUGGCUUCAUUUAAAUUUAAUUUUUCGAACACCAAAGAGAUUUCAGAAACUAAAGAUGAUACAGAUAUGGCAUGGCUAAGCAGUGAAGAAAUCAUCCCUAGCAAUCAAAUCCAAGAUCUCGAUGACUUGGUCAUUCAUGCUAGAAUGUUCACAUGUGAUGAGGUAGAAAUUGGGCAUGUUCUAGUCAAUAACAUGGCUUGUGCAAAAGAAACGGGUUUGAAAAAUCUAAUUGAGCUUUCUGAGAAAGAACACAGUGAUCUUGUUGCUGGCAAAUAUGAAGGUGGUCUAAAAAUUUGGGAGUGUACAUAUGAUUUAAUUGAGUACUUUGAAAAAUAUCCUGGUGAAAUAAACUUUAAGGAUGCAAAAGUCUUGGAUUUGGGAUGUGGUGCUGGUAUUUUAGGAAUAUAUGCAUUUUUAAAAAAAGCAUUUGUGACAUUUCAAGACUAUAACAAAGAGAUUCUGGAAUACUGCACAAUACCAAAUGUUCUUUUAAAUAUAGAAGAGGAGGAAAGAGAAAAAGAAAUAAGAUGUAAAUUUUAUUCUGGAGAUUGGAUGUCAUUUGAUAAGUUACUUGAUAAAUCGGAAGUAUUUGAUAUUAUACUCACAUCAGAAACCAUUUAUAACCAACAAAAUUAUGAUAAGCUAAUAUCCCUAUUUCUAAAUAGAUUAAGUGAUAAAGGAACAGUAUUUGUUGGGGCAAAAACUUAUUACUUUGGUGUGGGAGGUGGUACCAGACAAUUUGAAGCAUCUAUAGAGAAUACAAAUUUGAAAAGCGAAGUUGUCAUGAAAACAAGUAGUGGCAUACAGAGAGAAAUUCUUAAAAUAAACAAAUCAUGAUGUUA